AUGGUUAAAUAUAGGUCAUGUAAUACGUAUUUGUCUAAUACACUUAACUUGGUUAAUAUUGAAAAUCUCACCAAUCGUUACUGGUCAAAAAAACGUUCCCCUCCUUUGGCUGAUGCUUGUAUUGAUACCUACCCCUAUGAAAAGUGGAUUCAUAACCACAGUAAAUACCCACUUUACGAAUGCAAAUAUGACACCUUAAUUGUUAAACCGAGGGUCAUAUUCCCUGAGUAUUCAAAUCUAUCAUCCUUAAAUAAUGUGACCUUGAAAUCCAUUUUGGGAGCACAGGAUAAUGAAGUUGCAGUAUACAGAGACGGAUCAAAGACUAGGAACAGCUCGGGUUUUGCCUUUUAUGUACCAUCCACUGGUCAUACACAGCUGCAUCGUGUGGCGGACUUUACUUCUAUUUUUACAGCCGAGGCAUUAGCAAUUAAAAGAGCGCUGCAAUGGUGCUUAGAAAAUCAGGUUCAGAAAAUUGCUAUUUUGACAGAUUCUCAGUCAGUACUAUUGGCAUUACUUUCUCACCCAACAAAACAUUAUAAGAACAUUAUAAUAUAUGACAUAAGGAAAAUUAUUCAAUAUCUGGGAAAGCUUGACAGAAAAGUUCGUUUCAUUUGGGUGAAAGGACACGCUGGUAUUAUUGGCAAUGAGCAUGUAGAUAUAGCAGCUAAGGACGCGUGCCAUUUAGAAAAUAUUAUCUAUGAAACAGACGCAAACGAUCUUUUAGCGAUUUUCAGAAAUAAAAUCAGAAGCGAUUGGGAAUCAUUAUAUACAAGUAUUAGUGAAAAAUCGCAAAGUCAUUAUUAUAGGAUACAUAGAGAUUUGCCAAAGAACAUUCCUCAUCUCACCUUCCCUGUAUCCAGACGAUAUUCUUCAAUCAUUACUAGGUUGAAAUUACAUCAUGGUCGUUUCCCGGCACACUUACACAAAAUAAAUAUAAUAGAUUCGCCUUUAUGUUCUUGCAGUAAUAUGUCGAUAGGUGACUUAAACCAUAUAUUUUUCGACUGCACUAAAUAUACACUUGAAACAUUGGAACUAAUGACGGAAUUAAAUAAUAUAAAAUUUCCUCUUCCAGUAAAUAUUUCAGCACUCCUUGCUUCAUUUGAUAAAAGAGUCUAUGACAUAUUAGUUCAUUUUGUGAUUAGGACGAAAGUAGACAUUUGA